CUCUCUGUGUUGUUGCAGGCAAAGGACAGUGAUGAUGAUGAUGAAGUCACCGUCAGUGUGGACCGGGAUCGUUUCAUGGAUGAGUUCUUUGAGCAGGUGGAAGAAAUUCGAGGCUUCAUUGAUAAAAUUUCAGAGAAUGUGGAAGAAGUGAAAAGGAAGCACAGCGCCAUUCUUGCUUCACCCAACCCUGAUGAAAAAACGAAAGAGGAGCUGGAGGAGCUGAUGUCUGACAUAAAGAAGACGGCGAACAAAGUGCGCUCCAAACUAAAGAGCAUUGAGCAGAGCAUUGAACAAGAGGAAGGACUGAACAGGUCGUCGGCUGAUCUGCGGAUAAGGAAAACUCAGCACUCCACGCUGUCCCGCAAGUUCGUGGAGGUGAUGUCCGAGUACAAUGCCACGCAGACUGACUACCGGGAGCGCUGCAAGGGCAGGAUCCAGAGGCAGCUGGAGAUCACUGGCAGGACCACCACCAGUGAGGAGCUGGAGGACAUGCUGGAGAGUGGUAACCCAGCCAUCUUCUCCUCUGGGAUCAUCAUGGAUUCAAACAUCACCAAGCAGGCGCUGAACGAGAUAGAGACACGGCACAGUGAGAUCAUCAAACUGGAGAACAGCAUCCGAGAGCUGCACGACAUGUUCAUGGACAUGGCCAUGCUGGUGGAGAGCCAGGGAGAAAUGAUUGACCGCAUCGAGUACAACGUGGAGCACUCGGUGGACUACGUGGAGCGGGCCGUGUCCGACACCAAAAAAGCGGUGAAGUACCAGAGCAAAGCCAGACGGAAGAAGAUCAUGAUCAUAAUCUGCUGUGUGAUCCUGGGCAUUGUCAUCGCCUCCACCUUCGGUGGCAUUUUCGGCUAG